AAUCCUCCCCGGAACCCGCGAGAGCGCAGCUGCAGUUUCAGUCGGAAUUAUUGGCGUUGCUAGUUGACAUGGCUGCGCCCGUCUUAAGAUGUGUUCGGAAGCUGCUGAAGCUCGUGGACUUCACGCCGGUCCCGCGGAGAUAUCGAUAUAAGAAGAAAUGGGCUACCACAGAACCACAAUUCACUGCCAGUCGGCUUGCUCUGCAGAAUUUUGACAUGACCUACAGUGUACAGUUUGGGGAUCUUUGGCCAUCAAUCCGUGUUAGUCUUCUCUCAGAGCAGAAGUAUGGUGCAUUGGUCAAUAAUUUUGCUGCUUGGGAUAGUGUGAGUGCUAAGCUAGAGCAGCUGAGUGCCAAGGACUUCAUCAGUGAAGCCAUCUCUCACCAGAAACUGGAGCCUGAGAGUGGCCUCUCUCCAACUCCAACCCUGGACUGCAGCCCAAACCUUCGAUGCUUCACUUUUUCCAGAGGGGAUGUUAGCCGCUUUCCUCCUGCCAGACUUGGCAGCCUGGGUCUCAUGGACUACUACCUGAUGGAUGCUGCCUCCUUGCUCCCUGUCCUGGCUCUUGGUCUGCAGCAUGGAGACAUUGUGCUUGAUCUGUGUGCUGCUCCUGGGGGCAAAACGCUGGCAUUACUUCAGACGGGCUGUUGCCGUAAUCUAGCUGCCAACGACCUCUCCACUUCCCGAACAGGCAGACUACACAAGGUCCUUCACAGUUAUGUGCCUCAAGAUAUUAGGGAAGGGAACCAAGUUCGAGUUACCUCAUGGGAUGGCAGGAAGUGGGGAGAACUGGAGGGGGACACCUAUGAUAGGGGUCUUAUGAAACCUAGGCCGGCUUCAGACUCACUCUGUAAGCUGAGGCUGGCUAUGACUCCUCAUUCUCCUGCCUCCACCUCUCAAGUGUUAGUAGAUGUGCCAUGUACCACGGACCGCCAUUCCCUUCAUGAGGAAGAGAACAACAUCUUUCAGCGGUCAAGGAAGAAGGAGCGACAGAUGUUGCCUAUGCUGCAGGUGCAGCUUCUUGCGGCUGGACUCCUUGCCACCAAACCAGGAGGUCACGUUGUCUAUUCAACUUGCUCACUGUCACACUUACAGAAUGAGUAUGUGGUGCAAGGUGCCAUUGAGCUUCUGGCCAAUCAAUACAACAUCAAGGUUCAAGUGGAAGACCUGUCUCACUUCCGAAAGCUUUUCAUGGACACAUUCUGUUUCUUCCCAUCCUGCCAGGUUGGGGAGCUGGUAAUACCAAACCUCAUGGCCAAUUUUGGACCUAUGUACUUCUGCAAACUGCAUAGGCUGCCAUAGUGCCACCCUGUCCCUGAAGUAGGAAGGUGAUGACUCCAUUGAAAUUGAGGCUAGUGGCAGAUGUAUCCCAAGGCCUGUCUCCAUCCAUUACAUCUGAAGAUAGUUGUAAACAGCAGGAGGUAGGGACUGCUGCCCAGCUCUGGAUUAUCAGCAGGCUUCUAACUCAUACUCUCAUGUCUCUUAGUCUCUACUAAGGUCCUUGCUCCAUUAGAGAUUAAGACAGAAUGGUGAAUAAGCCCAUAGUUUAAGCUGUAAAUUUGGGAAGAAACAUUUAGCCAAUAAAGUUGUUAAAGUGCUCUAAGGGUGGGCCUGCAGUUGGGUACAUCACAUCAGUCUAAGCUCUAUUAUGUUUAUGUGUCAGCUGAAGCUGCCAAGCACACUCUCCAAAGUGCCCAGCCAGGCCUCCAGUCCUCCCACACUGGUGCGUUCCAUUUAAUCAACCCACAGGCCUGACAGCCUCCCCAAGUGUCUCCAUAUGGCACAUGGUCUAAUUUAAGGAAUAAGUAACUGAAACGGUUGAGCCUGGGGCUGAUGAUCCUCUUACAGAGAGAAAGCUUUCCUAAGCUGAAUGCUCUGGCUCGUCUUCAGAUGCGGCUGCAAAGCUGCUUUUGGUACAGACUGGUUUUGUAUGUUUCUUCUUUUAUUUCUUCAUAUAACAACAAGUGUUCUGGGAAUUCCUGUAUGACAACUAUGGAGCUGUUAGAGAGAUGGUUGGGACCAUGGCAAAUAGUUGGCUUUCCUCAUCUUUAGAAUGGCAGCCUACUUUUUUUUUUUUUUCUAGGCAGAAUCAUGUUUAAUAGAAUGCCCUCUGAAAACCCAUUUCAAAAUAGAGAAGCUCUCCCAAACUGUAGAAGCCAUAAAAAUGCAAAAUACUUCUUUAGGAAAAACUGAAUCAAAAUUACGCCUCAAUUUUCAAAAUAACACACAAGUUAUUUCCACUGGUCAGGCACCAAGGUGACAGACAGCAACCACAGUCAUCCUGCUCAGCCAAAGUCAGUUGUUCUCAAUCUGCUCCAAGUCCAUGUCGCCGUGGUCUAGUGGGAAGAUGCCCUCCUCUCCUGCACUGUCCCAGUCACUGGGGUACCCACUGCUCCCACCCUCGCCUGGGCUGGCCUCUGGCUCCCCUGACGCCCAGACACUGGGGCUGGCAGGGCCAGGGAGCAAAGGCUCUUGGAGUUUUUUGGCAGCCUACUUCUUUUCGCUCUCCAAGUACCUCGGAGUUUCCUGACAUUUUAUUUCAAGUGUCUUGUUUUUACUUCUAGUCUGUGGCUCAGCUCUGGUGCCUGCUUUGGCUCAUCUCCACAUCCUCUAGAGUUCUGAGUUCUUCCGCAUAGCGGGGCUUUACCUCACACAUGAUGUUUUGGGGUGACAUUACAUAAAGUGACUUGCAUGCUGAUUGCUUUGUAACACUUGUCAGAACAAAGCAACUUUUAGAGCCAGGAAAUAGUAAACAUUGCUUAUGGUCAAGUGUGUGUGUGUGUGUGUGUGUGUGUGUGUUCACCUUGUCAAUAACUUGAAUGUUUAUUGGCUCUUCCCACUUUUUUAUCCCUUCUUUAUUACCAUUCUUUUCAUCUUUCAUGCCUUCCCUGCUAAUCCUUAUUUGAGUAUUAGAAGUAUCAAUUGAGAAGGACAUUAGCAAAGGUUAAGACAUCUCCUUUCUUGAGAUUUGUAUUAUAACUGAGGACCUGGGAAGGCCUUCCAGACUUUAAGUCAAGUGAAGCUAGUAGACUAGAAGUGCAGGGCACUUGGCUGACAUCUGAGUAGGACCCUCACCAGCCUCUUUUCAUGUGUGUGCACACUUUUCAUACAAUCCCUGCCUGCUGUUUACCCUGUAUUUAGUAUUGCUGAAUACCUUUGGUGCCUGGGUUUCUGCGUCUUGGAUAUUCACCUGAUGCUAAGCAAUAAUCACUGAGGAGGAGAGGGUCUGCUGGCCCUUGGACCAUGGUCUAAUUGAUUGACAGAUUAGGUAAGAAAAACAGAACAACUGUAUUAGGUAGGGUUUUCUAGAUGAACAGAACGAAUAACAUGUAUGCGUGCACACACACAAGUAUACGUGCACAUAUGUAUGUGUUAUAAGGGGGGUUUUUUGGAUUGGAAAGAGGCUGGGUAGCCCACCAAGGGCCAUCUGCACACUGAAGAGGCAGAGAUAAGUAGGUUCCCAAGAAUGCCUGAGAAGUUUCAAUCCAACCCUGAAGUCUGGAAGCUUCUUGGAAAGUUGCUGCUAUUGAAUCAGUGUUGAAGAACUGAAGAAUUGUUCUGAUGUUUGUUGGGCAGUAAUGGCAGUAGGUGGUUGGAGGGUUGCCUUCCCCUACUUACCUCCAUCAUUUGGGCAGUUUGCCCUUUUGAGGGACCCACUCAUAUUCAGAUGGAUCUUUUUUCUCACUAGUCACUGUCCCAUGUGCCAGUCCGUUUGAAACGUCCCUAGAGGCAUACAGAUAUGUUUCACUAGUCUGAUGCAUCUUUUAAUCCAGUCAUAUUGACAACUCAGACUAAGUAUCACAACAGCGUUGGAAAACGGUUUGUCUCCUGUAAUUAAACACACCCUGCCCUCUAACUCAGUUACUGCAGUGCUAAGGAUAAAUUCAAGAGAAACUCGUGCAUACAUGCCAGUGCACUUCUGAAGGAUGUUUAUACAGCCCUGCUCACAAGCAAAGCCCAGACACAGGCCACAAGUCGCUGUGCAAGAAAGUGGAUGAAUAAACUGGAUAUUCACACAAUAGAAUGUAUGAUGUAUGAUAUUACCUUGCAAUCCAGCAAGGUGCUGCUUAAUGAGUUUUGUAUUUAAUAAUAUAGCCAUAAUCACCAAGAGA